CCAAAACUAACAUGAUGAUUCCAGACCCGAAACCAUUAAUGCCACCUUGUUUCCCAAUAUAAUUCUUAACGGAAAACAGAGCGCCUCUGCUUUAAACUUGAUAUUCCAAUCCCUUGGAGCAAGCCUCUCAAAACCUUCCUUUUUUUUCUUCUUCUUCUUAGAAUUGGUAUAGAUAUUCAAUUGUUUUGAAAGUGGAUUUUGGGUGGUUGUUUUCAUGGGAACUUUUGCAAGAACAUAUGCAGCCGCUGUUGUGGCAUGGCUGGCUGUGUUUCAAGGGCAUUUAGUCUCUGUUGCUUGUCAUGAUUCGAACUACAAGGACGCCCUCACCAAGUCCAUCAUUUUUUUAGAAGCACAAAGAUCAGGGAAACUACCCCCUAAUCAUAGACCAUCCUGGAGAGGAGAUUCUGCUCUUGAUGAUGGAAAAGAAGCAAAUGUGGACCUUGUCGGAGGAUAUUACGAUGCUGGAGACAAUGUGAAAUAUGGAUUGCCCAUGGCAUUCACAACCACCACCCUGGCAUGGUCUGCUAUUGCUUACAAGUCCCAUCUGCAAGCUGCUGGCGAGUUGGAAAACGUUCGUGCGGCUAUUCGUUGGGGCACUGAUUAUUUUCUAAAAGCCGCUGCUAGACGUGACAGAUUGUAUGUGCAGGUUGGCGACCCUGUAAAAGAUCAUGAAUGUUGGGUGAGACCAGAGAAAAUGAAGACACCGAGAACUGUCCUGCAAAUCAAUGCGAGUGCACCUGGAACAGAGAUUGCAGCUGAAACUGCUGCGGCAAUGGCUGCUUCUUCUAUGGUCUUUAGAGGCACUGAUCGUGCCUAUGCACGUCGUCUCCUUAACAAAGCCAAAUUGCUUUUCGAAUUUGCUAAAUCACACAAGGGAACCUACGAUGGAGAAUGCCCCUUCUAUUGCUCUUACUCUGGCUAUAACGAUGAGCUGCUGUGGGCGGCAGCAUGGCUAUACCAUGCCACCUUUAAAAGCGCAUACUUGCACUACAUCAAAGAAGAAGCAGUUAGUGCAGCUGUCGAUGAGUUUAACUGGGACCUCAAAUAUGCUGGAGUCCAAGUCCUCCUUUCUCAGUUUUUCUUUAAAGGUGAUCAGUGUUUAAAAUCCUACAAGGACCAAGCUGACAGUUAUAUUUGCUCAGUGCUUCCUGAAAGUCCUUAUUUUAAGAUUCCCAUGACUCCAGGUGGAAUGAUUCACUUGAGAGAUGGGGCCAACACUCAGUAUGUUACAGGAGCAGCUUUCUUGUUCACUAUCUAUGGUGAUAUGCUUCAAAAAUUCAACCAAAAGGUCCAGUGUGGAAACAAACAGUUUGACUCCACCCACCUCUUGGCUUUUGCUAAGCAGCAGAUGGACUAUAUACUAGGGAAAAACCCUGAAGGAAGAUCAUACAUGGUUGGGUUUGGGAACAAUCCACCGAAACAAGCGCACCACCGGGGUGCCUCGGUCCCAGCGUCGGAGGCCAAUCUGGAAGUGGGCUGCCCCAUGAGCUUCGUUCGAUGGUACAAUAAAGACGUACCGAAUCCUAAUGAGUUAACCGGUGCUAUACUUGGUGGACCUGACAAGCAAGAUCACUUCACUGAUCUACGUUGGACAUCCGUCUACACCGAGCCCUGCACUUACGUUAACUCUCAAGCUGUUGCUCCCUUGGCCAAGCUUACUUGCCCGAGCAUUAAGCCAUAGUUUUCUUUACAGUUUCAGCGUCAAUUUUUUUAAGCAAGUGCUGUACCAAAAUCCUAUUUUCAGUGUAGGAAUAAGUUUUGUUGCGGUGUGAGAGCCAUUAAUUAAUGGUUCUAUAUGGAGCUCUGCUUCAACAAUCUGGGUUUUUGAACUGAAAAAUUCCAAGUCAUAAAACUAAAACUUUUGCAAUGGAAUAUUAUCAAUUACUAUGUA